AUGAGUACAGUAAAUUAUUCUUUAAAUGCCAAGAGUCCAGUUCUAAGGUUAGGUAAAGCAAUAGUAAAAUUUCCAGAAAAAGUGUUCAGCAGCAGUAGCAGCCCACAAAACAAGAAUACCAGAAGUGAUGACAGUCAUUCAGCAAGUACUUAUGAAGAUCAGGAUGAAAAUUUCAGCAGCAGCAACUGCCGACAAAAUUCUGUCCAGAAAGUAUCAAAUGUAGAUGAGACCAGAUAUUCUUUAGGUAAUAUAUUCAGACACAAUGACACUGUCAACAGCUCUGGUGAGUCUUUGAGGACAGUCAACAGUAAGAACAAAGUGAAGAGAGACCCAUUAUUGCGCAUUGGCGACCACCAUUACAGCUGUAAUUUCUGUUCCAAGAGAUUCACCAAGAAAGAUAAGCUAAAGAAGCAUAUGCAUGUGCACUCUGGGGAACAUUCCUUCAGUUGCACUGAAUGUGACAGAACAUUCAAAGAAGCCUCUGCUCUGAAGUAUCACAUGGAUGCACACAAGAGUGAAUGCCUAUUCAUUUGUGUCAUAUGUAGUAAAGUGUUCACACAGGAGAGUAACCUGGAGUAUCACUUGCACUCACAUACAGUUGAACGACCCUUCAGCUGUUCUAUUUGCUGCAAGAGAUUUACAAGUAGCAGUAUCUUAAAGGAGCACUUGAAUAUACACUCAGAUGAACGUCCCUACAGUUGCACUGAGUGCAGCAAGACGUUCAAAUCACCCAAAUAUCUGAGAGUGCACAUGAAGGUACACACAGGUGAACGUCCAUUCAUUUGCUUUAUUUGUAAGAAAUCAUUUAUACAGAAAUGUGACCUAAAGAAUCAUUUGCGCAAACAUACAGGUGCACGACCCUUUAACUGUACCAUAUGUUACAAGACAUUUAUUAGUAGCAGUGCCUUAAACCAGCACUUGCGCAUACACUCGUCUGAAAGCCCCUUCAGGUGCACUGUGUGCAGCAAAUCAUUUAAAUGGAAAAGUAACUUGACGACGCAUUUACGUAUCCACACAGGUGAACGUCCCUUCUGCUGUACCGUAUGUAGCAAGACAUUCACAGAUAGUAGCACUCUAAAGAAACAUUUACGUGUCCACUAUGUGAGUGCCCCUUCAGUUGCAAGAUCCUUAGCAAGAUAUUUGCAGUGAGCAAUAUAGAAUAUGGAUGAAUGUUUGUAGUUGGAAAUGUCAUUUGCUACUGAACAUUUUGGAAUGCUCUUAAUAACUAUUUACACAAAGUAGUUAUCUGAUGUGAACUCUGUUAUGUGCUCAUUUUCAAAUAUUUUACAAACACUAGCAAAUAUUCACACACAAUAUGCAGAACCAUAUUUUUGUAUAAUUGCUUUCGUGUUAAAGCCAAAUUAAAAUAUGUAUUUAGACAACUGGAAACUGUUGUAUCUUUCUUGGAAGAUUAAAUAGUUGAGUGUUUGUAACUAUGUGAAUGUUAGAUAAAAAUAAUCUCAUUUGGAAGCUGGAAUGACUUGUACUUACAAACAAAAAUGCCCUAAAAUGUGAAUAUGAUUUAGCUGCAAUUUAUUUGUAUGCAUUAUGCUAUGUGAUGUUGUCAAGCAUAAAUAAUAUACACUGACGAUACAUUUAACUAUACUUACAUGAACUACUUCAUACAAAUUGGAAAAUUUAGGAUGGAAUGUAACAUAUUAUGAAAAGGAAAGUUGAUACUCACCAAAUAGUACUGAGUCACAGAUAUGCACAACAAAAAGACCGUCACAAAUAAAGCCUCUAUCAUAAAUAGAUGACAGACACGCAUGCGCGCCCAUGUGCACACACACACACACACACACACACACACACACACACACAUGCGCAAUUGCAGUGUUGUUUCAGUCGCCUGAGACUG